UGAAAAAAGUACAAAGAAAAAAAAAAGAGAAGAAAAAGAAAAGAAGAGUCUUUGUUUCUCUGCUGUCUUUCACGAGGUGUCAAACGUUCGGUGCUUUUCCUCUCAUCUUCUUCCUCUUGCCUUCCAACUCUAUUCUCUUUAACCGAAAAACAGAACCCCAAUCUCUUAUGAUUUCUAGCGCCUUUCCUUUCGGACAAGACCCGAUCAUUUCCUUCCCCCCAAAUCUGUGUUAGAAAAUCUUUCUUUUCCUCCCAAACAAAACAUUAGCAUAACCCAACAAAUAAAAAAAAAAAAAAAAACUUCAAGAUCUCAUUGAAGACCCAUUUCAAAACGGAUCUCAAAAAAUGCUAAUUUGAAGAUUAAAAAAUGGCUACUUGUCCCCAAAACUCAAUCUUGUACAACGGCAGCCACUGUGCCUGCCAAGUUGGCCUCUUUCUCAACCUUACAGCCAACAGCUGCACUACCUAUGACGGCAGUUCAGCUAUAGAAACUGAUUCUGGGAUUGACUACUUUGCGGUGUCGUUUCCUGAGAACAUUUUUUCAUUUGAUUCAAUUAAGAAGUUUACUCAGUCUCAAGCUGUGUUCUUGGAAGCUACUCUUAUAAUGUUGCUUUCUUGGCUCGUAUUUUGCUUCUUCUUACGGUUUACAAAGCUUGGUGAUGGAAGAAAUGUUUGGUUUAAGAUUAGGUGGUGGAUUAGUCGCUUGGAUGUUUGCUUUGCUACUAGGCAUUGGCUGGAUGAUCAGAAAUUGGUUGUGAAACGGAAAACAGAACUUGGUGGAACUUUCUCAAUUGCCAGCUGGAUACUUUUCACUGGGUUGUUUGCUGCGUUGCUUUACCAAAUCAUAGCAAAGAGAAACAUUGAAAUGCAUAACGUGAAAGCUACAAAUGCACCUGACCUAGCCUCCUUCAGGAAUGACAUGGAAUUUAAUAUGACCACUGUUUCUAGUAUGAGCUGCUCAAACUUGCAACGUCCCACUACCUUACUUACUGGAAGUUCUGGCUUCAUUGAAGGAAAAGUUUUCCCUAUUUCAAAUUUUUUAAACUUUUCAUGUUAUAACACAAGCUUGGGGCCAACCAUAACUCUCAAGUGCAGCAAUUGCCAACUCAGUCAAGACUAUAUGUCCAUUUCAUGGCAGUUUGUCGAUCUUCCAAACAGUCCUGCAAGUGCUGUAGGUUUUCAGUUCAAUGCAACUGCAAAAGAUCAUACUAGGAGAGGUCAUGUGAGUUUUGUUAGUGGAACACUGAAGAAUGGAAGCAAUUUUGAUAAGAGCCCAGUUACAUUCAGAGGGGUGGACACAAACAUAUUGAUAUUCAAUUUAUUUCCUCGUAUAUACCGCAGUGCAAAUGAUCUGAAGCUAAUCCAACCUCUCUUUCAUGAAUUUGUCCCGGGGUCAAUUUUGCGUAAUACAUCUCAGCUCCAGGCAUCACUUGAGAGUGCUAAUGAUGGACAAAUCAACACCACAUUAUAUGUCAACUAUCUUUCUUCCUACAUCAUUGAGAUUGAAAAUCAAAACAUAAUAGGUGCUGUGGGCUUCCUUGCAGAUCUUGGUGGGCUAUAUUGCAUUAGUAUGGGGAUAUUUCUCUAUCUCUUGGUGCAAUUUGAGUACAGAAUAAAAAGGCUCCGCAAUGAAGAUAGCGUUUUACGGAAGAUCAGAAAUAAACGAAAAGCUCAAGAGCACUGGGAUAAAGUGAGAAAAUAUGUCAUGUAUACGUGGGGUUGCAGCACAAUGGAUGUUGAUAACUACUCUAAAAAGGAAUCAGGUUGUGGCCAUUUCAUGAUUCCAUCGGCCUAUGGUAAUGGAUCAAUUCGUGGAGAUGGGUCAUCAAUGAAGCGAAGGCAGCUAAGUAAUAUCGACAUAAGUUUUAGCAAGCGAGUCAGCUUCCCUAGUGAAAAGGUCCUCAAACAUGAUAUGCCUGGAUCCACAAAGGACAAGAGAAAACGUUGUGUUGGUUCCAAUGAUGCAGUUGCUGUCCUGCAUCAAGCAUUUACUUUUGAUGAUGAUAUAAUUCCCCCACCACCAAUGCUAGAAUUGAAGUCUGGUUCUGAGAUUGAGUUGUCCAAUAUACAGAAGAAGUUUCAACGGUUGUAUGACUACAAUGUAAUGCUCAGAGAGAAGCUUGUAGCUACCCAGUCUUUGCUUGGUGCUUUGGCUGCUAAGUCCUCAUCUCCGAGAGCAGAAAGGCAAACAUGACAUGCCGAAUUUAUCCAAUUGAAAGGGGUUUUUUUCUUGUCAUUGCCCAGGAGUUUCUGCAACCUUCUACAGACAUGUUUGGCAUCGAAGUAAAAGGGUGAUUUAGCUUCGAUCCUACAUCUAUGCCUUCUUUGUCUCUACUGUCUUAACCAACCCUAGUCAAGACCAGUGCAACAGGCAAAGUGAUUGAUUUCUAAAGGACAACUAUUGGAUCUAGCAGAUCCAUAGCUCACAUAAUUCAGUUUCAGUGUGACAUGGUUGCAGUAUGUUGCUUUCUUAUGGAGCCUAAUGCCGCAGGAGAUGCUCUUUAGAACCAUAAUACCCAGGUUUUCUGUUGUAAGUUUUGUAUCAUAUACCGAAAGGAGAAUAUAAGAGGGUUAUCGUCAUUUUCAAAAUGGGUUUUGAGCUGUAAUGAAUUGUCAUUUCCAUAUCUAUUUAUUUGUUAAUUUCAUUUAUUUUAAUGUGAUUAGUUCCACCUCAACCAUAGAUGGAGAGGAUUUAUAGUAAGGGCAGCAACUAUUGGAUGUAAACAAUUUACUACCAAAUGCUGGAACUAACAGGGGUUAUCCUAGAGUUUAGGAGGAAGAAUUAGCAGCUUGAUUUAUUGCUUACUUUGAAAGAAGAUUGAAUAAAUCAUUUGGGUAUCAUGUAAUUG